GUUCGAUUUUGAUCGGCCAACUUCAUUUCAGUUUGCGACAACGUAGGGAGUACUUCGUUGUAAAAUUAAUUUCAAACAAAUUAUUAAUAAUAAUGGCUGGGUACGGUUCCAAAGAUCGCAAGUAUUUAGUUAUUGCGGCGGUCAUCGGCAUCGUCUGUGGUUUCACUAUUGGAAUUUUAAUCGGUGUGUUUGCAGUUGACAAUGAUCCUGACCCGAAUCCAGCAUACGAGAGGUCUAUCCGAGAGGCGGAUACAAGCGUUAGCAAAAAGUUGAUGGAUGCGAUGAAAGCUGCUAACAUCAGGGAAACUUUAAAGUACAUGACUAGUAAUCCGCACGUUGCUGGAACGAAAUUUAGCAAAGAACAAGCAGAAUGGAUGAAAGAGAAAUGGAUUGACUGGGGAAUGAGCGCUGAGGUUUUGAGUUACAACGUUCUUUUAUCAUUUCCGUCUGAGGUAGUGGGAGAAGAGAACAGAAUUGAACUACUGAAUGCAGCCGGAAAUCCUAUAUUUACAACACAAUUGAAGGAGGACUCCCUUGGCGACCCAGAGUUGGAGCGAGACGAUCUACUGCCCCCUUUCAACGCUUAUUCACCAGCAGGGAUCAUCACAGGCGAACUAGUGUACGCUAACUACGCUCGCGUGGAGGACUUCCAUUUCCUGCAAAGAAACUUGUCCUUGAACUUGACUGAGAAGGUUGUUAUUGCAAGAUAUGGGAAAUUAUUCAGAGGUGAUAAGGUACGCAAUGCUGCAGAGGCGGGUGCAGCAGGGAUAAUACUGUACUCCGAUCCUGGAGACUACGCCGUUCCUGGAGCAAAGGUGUAUCCAGAGGGCAUAUAUCUACCUGGAACAGGCUGUCAAAGAGGGUCGACGUACUUGGGCAGAGGCGAUCCUCUUACCCAAGGCUACCCGGCAAAAGAUUAUACGUAUCGUAAUAGUGAAGAAAGUAUAGCCUCCUUGCUCCCAGCUAUUCCAGUGCACCCGAUCGGUUACGACGAUGCAACUGAAUUCCUGAAACUGCUCGGAGGAAACGAGGUUGUUUCAUCAUGGAAAGGCAACCUGAACAUUACUUAUCGUUAUGGACCUGGAUUUGCUACCCCAGACCAGGACAAACGUGUGAGAAUGAACAUAUUUUCGUCAAAUGAAAAACGUUACGGAUACAACACGAUCGGGAUGAUUAAAGGAGAGGUCGAACCAGAUCGCUACGUUAUUGCUGGUAGCCAUAGAGACGCAUGGGCCUUCGGAGCAAUUGACGAUUCAUCAGGGAUAUCUGUUCUUAUGGAAGUUGCAAGAGCUUUUUCCACUAUGGUCGAUAAGGGGUGGAGGCCACGCAGAACUCUUGUGUUUGGAAGCUGGGGAGCAGAAGAGCAAGGUCUUAUUGGAUCAACAGAGUGGAUUGAGGAAUUUUCGAAAAAUCUCGGAGAAAGGGCUGUUACGUACCUGAAUGUAGAUGUGGCUAUUGACGGGAACUACGUUUUACGCGCCUCUGCUACACCGAACCUCAAGAAACUAAUCUAUGAAACAACUAAACUGGUUAUGGACCCGGAAGAUAGUAGCGGCAAUGUAUACGAAAAAUGGGUAGCAAGAUCUUCACCGGGUGAAAAUGGAAAACCACAAAUAGGUGGAUUAGGUUCCGGUAGUGAUUAUGCCUCAUUCUUGCAGCAAAUUGGGAUAUCGGCAGCUGAUUAUACAUACACGUUUGACAAGGUAAAAUACCCGGUAGCAUCUUACCCCACUUACCAUUCGGUUUAUGAAACAUUCGAACUCGUUGAGACCUAUUACGAUCCGGAUUUCAAAUUCCAUUUGGCAAGCGGUCACAUCUUGGUAGAACUUAUGAGGGCGCUUUCUGAUUCGCUAAUACUUCCCAUGAGUUGUCUAGACUAUGCUACUGACGUGAAGAUGUAUUUCGAGAAUCUCCGAGACGGAGAAAUAGGAACGCAAAUGAUCGCUAAAGGACUUUCAUUUGAUGACUUUGAGAGCGCUGUGAAUAAUUUUACAACUGCCGCUACUGAUUUUGAAGAGAGAUUGGCUAAGCUUGACAAAGCAAAUCCAAUUGAAAUAAGAAUGUACAACGAUCAGAUAAUGAAACUGGAGCGUGCAUUUAUAGAUCCACUUGGUCUACCUGAUCGUCCCCUCACCAGGCACAUCGUAUUUGCACCGAGCAGUAAGAACAGCUACGCAAGCGAUAAAUUCCCAGGGAUCGUCGAUGCAAUGUUCGACAUUGAAAAUAACCCGGACGUUAACAAAUGGGACGUGGUAGAAGAACAAUUGUCCAUCGCAACAUACACUAUCCAGUCUGCAGCCAGUACACUGCAACCCUUUUAAGUUAUAAUCAAACACAAGGAAAAGCCCUACCUUAAACCCUGUCCAGACAAUCAAAAAUUUAAUUGACAAAAACAUGCCUAAUAUCAUGUUCAUGAUUACAUCACACCAUGAACAUAUAUAGGCAUAUUAUGACUAUAUAUGGGCAUACAACAGUUUAGUUUUUUUUGUAAAAGAAAUUUGAUGGUGUGGACAGAGCUAUAAAGCCCUCUGUCCAGGCUAUGAAAUUGUGUUUGAAAAAAAAAAUAUGACAUGCCUAAAUAUGGUCAUGAUGACAUCAAACUAUGACCAUAUAUAGGAACAUUAUGACUAUAUAUGCACAUACAACAGUUUUUGUCAAAGAAAAUUUGAUAGUGUGGUGGACAGAACUUUACUCUUACAGUGAGUUUAUAUUUUUGAUUUUGUUAAUGAAGAUGACUAAAGCUAAUUUCACACGGUCAGUUUUUGUCCUCAAAUAUAUAUCCAGGGUAAAAAUUAUUAAUAGGGCGAAGCUGGUUUGAGUCCCAUGUUCUGUGAUUUUACUGCGAUACUUGCUUUAAUCUGUGGUCCCCUUGGAUAUCCAAAGAGAUGGGAAAAGAACUGAAAAUUAUAGAAUGUGUUCUAUUUCCUUCAAAUAUUUAAUGACAUUUGGAAACCAUCAGCCAAUCACAGCGCAGAAAGUAUAGACAUUUUGAAAAUGGUAGAUACCUGCAUAGGAAUAGAUCCUGUACUGUAUCAGUAUAUAGACCCUAUGAUUGUCCCUAAACUUCCUAUGAGUUGACAAGUUAUUUAUCAAACAAUUUAAUAGUGUUGCUAGGAAAUAUCGAGUGUCUAUAUAGGCCAUACUCCUGUCAGAAUGAAAAACUGAACCAAAAGUUUCGUACUAGUUUGACCGUUUGGAAAGAGCUUAUGUAAAGAUACUAUUGAUGCAAUUGUGUUUCAUUGACAUAAUUGUUGACCAACGCCUUCAUACAUUCAAUAUGAAUACAUUGAUAUUAUCAAUGUAUGAUGAAUGACAUUUUUAUAUUAUUAAUCGAGUAUAAUUAUGAAGUUGCUAUAGUAAUCAUAUAAAUAAUAAUAAUAAUAAUAAUAAUAAUAAUAAUAUUAAUAAUAAUAAUAAUAAUAAUAAUAAUAAUAUUAAUAAUAAUAAUACAGAAGUACAGUCCCCAUAACUGGUAAUGACUGAUUUACUAGGCACACGUACACAUUUAUAGUUUCUUCAAUGACAUUAAAGAUAAGUAUAUUUUUUUCAGACCUAUUAUUGGAUUUGUAAAAACUAAUUAAAUGCUAAAGUGACGUAACUUCAUUCAGAAAUGUAGGCCUAUGUAUACACGUACAUUCAGUUUCAUAAACUGUAGACGUAAAUUUUAUUAAGAAAAUCAUUGUUGUAUUGUAUUGUUGAUAUACAAUUUUUAUCAUUAUGGACAUAGUAGGCCUAUCGGUAAGAUUUUUAAAGCAUGAAAAUUCAAUUUCCGUUGGUGAGGACUCUCACACACCCCUACCGCAAAAUCCUGCAUCUGCCCCUUAUGUGUAAAGUGAGGUAAAUCUGCUUACCUGUAGUUUCCAGUGUGAGUCAGAGAAACAGAGUGGGGCGAAUAAAUGUACAGUACGUGCCGACUUUCAUUCCUGAUGAUGACAUAAUUAAUGUCGAAAUAUUGAAUCCCAACACGAUGGUGUGUAUUUCAAUACUUGGAGUAUGUAUUAUACUUUCUUGCCGACUUUCUGUUUUUGAACUUCCCUUGAUAACAUGUUAAGUAUAUACGUCAUAGUCUAACGGGGGCCUAUAUUAAAUAUGAUACUUUGCGUCAUCCAAAUAUCAGGCCUAUAACCGAAUAAAAUAAUGAUUACAUUAAAAAAUUACCUAUAGUUAUUUUAUGAUGAGUAAGCAAAUGAUAUCAUCUUUACCAUGACCACCACCACCACCUCUUCAUCGUCGUCAUCAUUAUCAUCAUCUUCACCUCAUCAUCAUUAUCAUCAUCUUCACCUCAUCAUCAUUGUAAUCAUCAUUGCCAUCUUUGGCGGAUCCUGAAUUUUUCACAUUUUCAGAAUAGAUAAGUGAGUAUCGCUAAUUUCAAUAUGUGCUUUGAAAUUUUAAAAUUUAGUGGCAAAAGGGAAGGAGGGGCACGUGCUUGCUCUACGCCUGCCACCAUUAUUCUCGUCGUCAUCAUCGUCAUCAUCAUCAUCAUCAUCAUCAUCAUCAUCAUCAUCAUCACCAUCAUCAUCAUCAUCAUCACUUUCCUCUUCCACCUCCUCCUCGUUAUAAUCCGCAUCAUCAUCGUUAAACUACACUGUCCAAUCAAACAUUAUUCACUGGACUAAUGGAAGUGAGUGAGUUAAUUCCUUUCUUAUCAUUCAUACUCCAAAAUGUAUUAUGCAUGUAUCAUCAUAGAAAUAAAUCAUCAUAUAUUGCUGUACUGUUCUAUUAGUCGUCUUAUUGACAAUUGAACGUCAAUGACAGAUAUUGACAUUGUGUCACUUGGCACUCUAUACACUGCAGAUGAUGAACUUUUAUAAAGCAACUCAACAGUGUCACUGUUAAAUAUAUUCCAAUAGAUAAUAGCGCCAUGCUUCACUGGUUAUGUUUUUUUUCCCUGAAUAUUUCGAAGAUGUACGUAGGCCUACAAUAAUGAAAUAAAAGAAAUUGAAGAGAUUAUA